AUGACGGCCGUAAAACCUUCCAAGUUGUUCGCUGAUGGCGAUUUCCCCAUGACCUUCUUCCUCAUUCAAGAGAGUAUCAUGACUAGGAUGGUGAUCGAGAACAAGGGUGGUCGGAUCAUUGACAAUCCACAAAACGCUCAUCAUAUCAUCUUCAAUCGAGAUGACGGCUCACCGUCUCUCACACCUAAAGACGAUGAGGAGAUAAGGGUGCUAAACCAGGUGGUCCAUUGGCAGUUCGUUCUGGCAUCGACUUGGAUAUCAGAAUGCUGCAAACAAAAUAGGUUGGUGGAAGAGGAGAAUUAUCAGAUCAUUCCCUCAUCAUCUAUCGAAUCCAACAUUCCUCCCACUCCUGUAUCCAGUCUACGCCCCCAGCCAUCGGUCACUCCUGCAUCAUCGCCUGGGUUCCCAUCUCAACAAGCAGCAAUCGUGGGUGAACACAAAAAUCCUAAUUCACCUACUCAGUCAUCGAGUCCGAUGACCAAUCGAAAGCGAUUUAGAGAAGAGGAAGCGGAAGAUACGGGUAAUGGUGAGAGCUCGACAUCGAAGAAGGUCAAGGUCAACCCACUCCUCGAGAUGAUAUCGUACGGACCACUUAAAGUAUGGAUCAAAGACUCGAAAGAGUAUACCAAUAUCCGAGGAUUACUCGAACCUGAGAAACAUAUAGGAAGAAAGAGAUCUUCAAUAUACUAG